AUGAUCAAGGUAGUGGCACCGCAGAUGGUCCAGAGAGUGGUCGACAGAGCCAUGCAGGCUCAUGGAGCAAUGGGCCUGUCCGGAGACAGACCCCUUGCCCAGUUCUUCUCCUUGGCCCGCAUCCUGAGGCUGGCCGACGGACCAGACGAGGUGCACGCGGCGGCACUGGGAAAGAUGGAGAUAAAGAAGAACCAGAGAUAG